UUGGGGUGUCUGGCGCUGGGUGACAGCUCGCGCGUGCUGAUGAUGGCGGAAAAAGAAGCACGAUCCGUGUGUCAGAACAGCUCCCGAUCUCCAGGGCUUUGAAGCUGUGCUGCCUUACAAUGAAGACUUAAGUAGUAAUUAAAUUCUAGAAGAACCGCCAAGACUCCUUUGGCUGAAAUGGGGAUGUUCCGCACCCUGGAUGCUGCGUCGCGGAGGAAAGGAUGUUUAAACAUGACUCCGUCAAAGCAGCGAAGACUUCUGUAAGACAUGGAUAGAUGCAAACAUGUUGGGCGGCUACGACUCGCCCAGGACCACUCUAUCCUGAACCCCCAGAAGUGGCACUGCGUGGAUUGCCAGACAACUGAAUCUAUCUGGGCUUGUCUGAAGUGUUCCCACGUAGCUUGUGGGAGGUACAUCGAGGAGCAUGCACUUAAACACUUUGAAGAAACCCGGCAUCCAUUGGCAAUGGAAGUUAAUGAUCUGUACGUCUUUUGUUAUCUUUGUGAAGAUUAUGUCUUGAAUGAUAACCCGGAGGGUGAUUUGAAAUUGCUGAGAAGUUCUCUGUCAGCAAUUAAAAGUCAAAAACAUGAUCCAUCAACAAGAACUGGCAGGACAUUGCGAUCAAUGGCUUUGGGAGAGGACAUGUGCAGCCAUCAAAGGAGCCCUCAGGGACAAUCUCAGAUGCUUACAGCUCUCUGGCACAGGCGCCAGACCUUGCUUGCGAAGGCGCUGCGGACCUGGUUUGAUAAGAGCUCUAGAGGCCAGCUAAAAUUAAAACAAAAGAAACAAAUGGAGGAGUUGGAGAAAAAGAAGGAGGCAGCUAGGCAGCGGCGGCAGGAGAUGAAGAGGCAACUGCUGGAGGAGCUGGCAAACACUCCUCCGCGGAAGAGUGCAAGGCUGUUAUCUCAUGUGCACAGAGAAAACUUGAUUCCAAGGAAAUUCAGGGAGGUGGCGACCGCUUCCCCUACCUCAAGGCAGAUGCAGAGCAGCAGAUUCAAACAGUUUUAUUCCAUCCGGCGUAAGCCUCUGAUGACUCCCGGGGUAACGGGUCUAAGGAACCUGGGAAACACAUGUUAUAUGAAUUCUAUUCUGCAAGUGCUAAGUCACCUCCAGAAAUUUAGAGAAUGUUUUUUGACACUUGAUCUCUGUGAAACAGAAGAACUCUUAGCUAAAACUGUGAAUGGGAAGUCUAGGAUGCCUGGCAAAUUGGCAAAUGGGUCUGCUGCUAAUGAGUCAGGGAAGACUGACAAAGUGGGAUCAUAUGGCACGCAGAGCUUGCCAGCUGGCUUAAAUGGUGGCUCCUCAAUAAGCAGGAGUUUAGAACUAAUACAACCCAAGGAACCGAGUUCAAAGCACAUCUCCCUCUGUCACGAAUUGCACACCCUCUUCAGAGUGAUGUGGUCUGGCAAGUGGGCGCUCGUGUCCCCCUUUGCCAUGCUGCACUCUGUGUGGAGUCUGAUCCCGGCAUUUCGAGGUUACGAUCAGCAGGACGCUCAGGAAUUUCUCUGCGAGUUGUUGGAUAAAGUACAGCAGGAGCUGGAGUCAGAAGGAACAAAGCGCAGGAUCCUCAUCCCGUUCUCGCAGAGGAAGCUCACCAAGCAGGUCCUGAAGGUGGUGAACACCAUUUUUCAUGGGCAGUUGCUUAGUCAGGUCACCUGUAUAACAUGCAACUACAAAUCCAACACCGUUGAGCCCUUUUGGGAUCUUUCCCUGGAAUUCCCUGAGCGCUAUCACUCUAUCGAGAAAGGGAUCAUCCCUGUUAAUCAGGCAGAGUGCAUGCUGACAGAAAUGUUGGCCAAGUUCACCGAGACAGAAGCUCUGGAAGGAAGGAUAUACGCGUGCGACCAGUGCAACAGCAAACGGCGAAAGUCUUCUCCUAAACCUCUUGUUCUGAGUGAAGCUAAAAAGCAGUUAAUGAUCUACAGACUACCUCAGGUCCUCCGACUGCACCUUAAACGAUUCAGGUGGUCUGAACGUAAUCACCGUGAGAAGAUUGGGGUCCAUGUCCUCUUUGACCAGGUAUUAAACAUGGAACCUUACUGCUGCAGGGACUCUCUCUCCUCUCUUGACAAAGAGACCUUUGUCUAUGACCUCUCCGCUGUGGUGAUGCAUCACGGGAAAGGGUUUGGCUCAGGACACUACACAGCAUAUUGCUACAACACAGAGGGAGGUUUUUGGGUCCACUGCAAUGACUCCAAACUGAAUGUAUGUAGUGUGGAGGAGGUGUGCAAAACCCAGGCCUACAUUCUUUUUUACACUCAAAGAACAGUGCAGGACAAAGCAAGAAUCUCAGAAAAACAACUCCAAGCUCAGGUGCCGUCCAAAAAUAGCGAUAAGGACAGAAGACUGACAUUCCCAUGAUGGGGAGCUCUGUAACUCCAUCAACAGUCUCAGUUUGGUUUGGUUUUUUAUUUUUUUAAACAUUGGCGUUCACAUCUUCCCUCUUUGUAGGAUCAAAGGCUCGCUGCAGGAAGGGGAUCAGAUCAUGAUGUUUGCCACCCAGGGUGUGGAAAAGCGUAUCAAGCUGUGCAAUUCUGACGUGUGAGAUUGUAGUCAGAAUCUUGUUUUUUAAAGCAUCUCGUUGUUAAAUUAUGCUCACAAAAUGAAAUUAGAAAGUUUGAUGCUGUAUAUCAUUCAUCUCAUAUCAAAAAGGAAUUGCGUAAGGCGCGUAACAAAUGAGCACAACCAGGCAAUAGCAGCAUUCCACUGUCUUCAAAAACAUUCAGUUCCUAGUAAUGCUGAUGAAACUCCAAAAGGAACAGGUAUAGUACCCUCCCCUUUAAUUGCCAUUCAGAUUUCCAGGGUUUGAAUCACACAGUCACCCAGGUAUUUAUUCAAACAGUUGUUGGGAUAGAUGGAGUUGAUUGUCGCAAGAGCUAUUCUUGCUGGAGAAAUGUUUUACUUUCUUCUAGCAGAGAAAAUACUCCCCCACGCCUUAGCUAUCUCUCUGAUAGCAAUGUAUUUGCCAUCAGUUGAAGGCAAACCCGUGGCUGGCAAGGUCUGUCAACAGCUCUUCUCGGUGUUACUGGGGCUGUGUGCACACUUGGUGGUUUCUUCUCUGGGCUGAAUUGAACAAGCAGCUAAAUUCACUAGGAAUGUGAUUUUAAAACAGUUCUGCUCUGGAGAAAGUGUGUUUAAAAACAAAAGCAAAACCCUGAAAUAAAACAGGAAUGUACCCGUGUGUCGUAUCUGUUUACAGUGGCGGCAAAAACAAAGCCUAUACUACAGGCUUCUGCUGGCAUAACUUUGUCAUCGGGAUUUUAAACAAGUCUGAACCCUGGCUUGCACGGCUGUGACAGCAGAAGCAGGUAGUGUGGAGGCAUCUUAACACUGGCAAACUAGCACUUUUUUACAAGUGUGACUUGUUUUCCUCAGGGUGGUGGUUAUACCACAGCGGUGGGGGUCAGAGCUAGCUUCUGUUACUGCUUCUGUAAUGGAAAUAUUCAUUAAUUGCAGUUGUCACACAAGGCCCAGACUAACGGGAGGCCGCGAGGUUGCACAGGUGUAGUGCACAGAAUUCAGCCUGUGAAGUCUGUUUCUGCUGGGCCAUAAAGAGAAGGAAUGUAGUUAAAUCUCCAGUUCCCCUAUUGAGUUUGGAAAGGCUACCAAAAUGUCUGUAUCUGUAAUCAUCUUGAUUUUACAAUUCUAUGACAAACACAGGGCCUUAGUUGACUAUUCAUAGUCACUUCUCAACCUACAGUUGCACCUCAGGUGUGUUUUUACUAUUUGGGGUUUCGCUGUUCACGUUUCAUGUUUUAAUCAAUCUGAAUAUGUAACUGCAAAGAGACAUGACCUCUUUCAGUCUUGAUGCUUUGGUUUGUUUUUUGAAAUGGUUAAACGUGAAGUAAUCUGAAUUACGAGUUCUUCAAAAAACUUGGUUCUGUUUUCAGACAGAAGUUCUGAAAGCGUGUUUCUCUUCCCCCCUACUUCUCCUUUUGUUCUUGUCAGCAUUUGCCCAUCAGACACACACUGACAACCUUACGUUGUUGUUGGAGGGGGUGAAGAGGUAAGUCUCCCAAAUACCAUUCCUCGCUUUCCACUGGUGUUACUGUGACUUUUAAUCUCCUGUCCUAUGGGCAAAUCGGUCUCCCUUGCUUUGGCUGCUGUUAAUCGCUUCAGCUAUGCAGAGAGGAGCACAGCAAGCAAGGGACUGUUACUGUGCUCUGAGCGCAGUGUCACGCUAGGUCUCCUCCACCCUUAAAGUUUCCCAUUUCCUCUAUGUCUGAGCAACGUGCUGCUUUUUGAACCUACAAAACCUGACUUUUUGACAAUUAAGUAUAAUUUUGAGAUCAUGUGCUCUUAUUUUUUUUGGAAAUGAGACGGUUUGAAACGGUCCUAAGUUUCAGUUUUGGUUCCUCUAAAUGUAGCAGAGUCUGGAAGGAUUUCUUAUGAAUGUCUGUAUAUCUUCGUAUUUACUAGGUAGGGAAUUUUUUUGUGCUACCAGUAAAUAAAAUUAAUUAAGAAUGCAAUAGGCCAAAUUGAUAUCUGAUAAAAGUAAAUGUGACUGCUGAUUAAGGGGAAGCUGAGUUGGGUUCAGCACAGGUAGAAGUUGACAUUCCUGAAAGAAUCAAAACCAAGUGCUUGUGAUUAUCAGAUACAUGAUGGAUUCUUUUCUAGAGCAAAACAUAUGCUCUGUGAAGACUGUGUGUCUCAAAAAGAAAAUGAAAGGAGAAAUAGGGAUUAACGUUGCCUUUUUAAUCUGAAAGGUGGAAGGGAAGACUGGUAUUUUUCCCAUGCAUCUGUCCUUCCAGGCCUGUCCACCCCUUAACAGGAUUAUAUUCUUCUAAAUGAGUCAUGGUUUGCUAUGACUACCAAAUGGUACGUUCACUUUCUGAAUCCCUUAGCUGUACUGGCCCUGUUUGUAUAAAAAUGCGAUAGAAAGGCAAACUGUAACGCAGCAUUGGCUGUUCCUGCAGUGAGCUGAGACUCUUUGCUAUGAAUGCUCAUCUUUUGACUGAGUGUUUUGCAUUAAUAUUUGAAUUCAGGUAGUAAUACAGUUGUCAUGUGGAUCGAGUGGGUUGCAGAGGGGAGUGGGGAGCUGGGAGUGUACCUGUAGCCGUUGCUGCAUCUGAUUGCCCAAGCAGAUUUUGUAGCAUUUGCUGGUGACAUCUUUUGACAUUAGUGGCCUCUCCAUGUGAUGUUAGCUUAGUUGUGCUGAGAUGUGGAGAUACUGCAGUCAGAAAAAAAUGAUUGCCCUGAUAGGGAAAGAAUGAAUUAUACUUCAAAGUAAAUAAGCUUGCUUUUUCCAACACUGUGAGGUUUCUGUAAUAUUUAGCUUUUAUUUGGAAGCGAUAGCGUAUAGCAUUUUUUAUGCUGUUUGGUUUAUAUUUGUCUACUGCAGGCUUCUUUAUAUAAGCAUAGCCCAAUGCUCCCUCCAUGGUGGACACUGUUUUAUAGUGUCCUGUUUGCCAGAAAUCCUGAUUGGAAGUUACCUCUCUGCAUCAGGAAAUGAAAAUACUAUUUGCAAUUAUAGUGACGCCCACUUAAGUGCAUGCCUGACAAAGGGUAGCCUGUAAAGCGAACUCUGUCCCUCCUCUAACAGUUUGGCUCCAAGUCCCACCGAUACACUGAUGCGUAUUUAGUAUAAUUCCAAGUUUAGGCUCUGCUUUUGUAAAUACACAGACGGAUGAUGUGACUUAACUCCUGUGUGGAGUUCAGUGGUCACACUAAGUUGCAAGCGAAGUGGCUGCAACAUAAAAACCUUCAAAAAUGAAGGUACAGCUGGGAGCAGAAUUGGUUUCUCUCUGUGUUGGGAUUCCUAUACUGGAGUUCCAUUCUGUAGCAAGGAGUUAGUCGGCUCGAGAUGCUCAGAGCAAGUGUGAGGUUCUUGGCACCUUGCAGGUUAUUGUCUCAAGGUGUAGGAAGCCAUCAUACGCCGGCAGAGAGACCCUCAGGCUCCAGAGUGUGCAGCCUUUGGGAUGGGACUGUUCCCGGUAUAUCCUUAUUCCAUUCCAACUUGUGAGUAAAUUGGCAUUCCUUAAUUUUUUGUUUUUAAGAAUGAAGGAUCUUGAUGAAUCCAUGGCCAGGUAUGAUACAGCAUCUACUGUGGUUGUUGGAAACCACUUUAUUUUAGCUAACUUUAUUCCACUAGCAAGUUAGUUACAUAAAUUUGCCUUUACAUAUAAUUUUAUCCUUUGACUGCAUGUAUUCCCAAGUUAAACUAUGCAUACUGCAAGAACAGUUUCUGUGCAAAGGACUGAAAAAAGCAAUCUUUUUUCCCCGUAAGUUCUGACCAGAAGAGUUUUCUGGUCUGCCUUUGAAGUUGUUAAUGUGAAGCAGCAAAUGGAGUAAUGGAUAUUAAAUGCUUGACACCCGCCUUUUCUGGGUGGCAGUACCACUCCCACUUAGGAACUUCCAGAUGGUUUUUGUAGGGUGUAGAAAUAAAAUCGGAAAUUGUAAAAGCAUUAAGUGUGUCCUAUGGACUCGCCAUCAGGAGGGGUUUUUUUGCUUUUAGAAGGCAAGGCUUCCAGCAUAAAUAUUGUCUUGGUGGUAAUUUAUAACUCUCUUAUUGAUUGUAUCAUCCCCAGGCCUCAAUGUGCUUAAUUGCAGCCCAAUGAGAGAGACUAAUGAAGCUUCUGGCUGUUGCCAGAUUACCCCAGGAUGAGCUCCAGUGGGUCAGUGGUGUUGCAGAUCGAGAACUACAUAAGCAAGAGAGAGGGAGAUUAGUGUUACCUGACAAUACAGUUUUGUGAACUAAUUUUGUAUGAUUCCUUAGAGCUGGUGCCUUGUAUCCAAUAAUAUUUUGCAUGGGACAGAAAUGUUGGGAAAUAAGUUGUGAAUUCCCCCCUCCUGGCUGAUGCAGCAGACAGAUUUGUGUGUUUUUACAAAUACUCAGUAUCACCAACGGUUUUACAUUUCGUAUCUGUACACAACUGAAGUUUGCCAGCAAGCUCAGAAGCUGGGAUUUUAGUGGUACAUGUUUGAAAUCUCUGUAUUUUUAAUAAUUCAAAUAACAGCUUGUUCAAAGGUGGAUUAGAUUUGGCUUUUUAGAUUUUCUUAGCAUCAUCCAGGCCCCUCCAGUCAGGUCAGUAAGUUGUCAUCUGUCAGAGCAUGUAGUAUAGAGCAACAAAUAAAAAAUCCGGUGAGUUUUUUGGUAGAGCAGCUGUAGCUUUGGGAAGCACCUUCUGUUACAAACCUAAUGCUUAUUGCCAGUUUAGAAAAGAUAAAAAGUACAGAUCCCAUUGGCAUGGCAGUGUUUGCACAGGUUUCCUCUUAGCAGCCUAGCACACGCUUCCACACGUGAGCAAAAGCAUGUGCUGGUAAUUUCUGCAUAAAUUUAACAGGCAAUAGAUACAGUUGUGUAAGGUGGCCAAGUGUCCCUUCUUCAAAUUAAAUAGUAAAACCCAAGCACCGGCUCUGAACACUACUUUCUUGUGUGUGUCUAAUCCCUUCAGCAGGUUUGAGAUCGGAUAGGGCGGACUUAGGUUGAGAAUUUAUUGCCUGUGGGAAUAUAAAACCUCAAUUCAGUGGCUUUUUGGUGUCUGUUACAUUAAUAUUGAUACCUGUUUAUUGCAGAUGGGAAUGUGAAGCAUUCUAGCGAGCUUCUGAAUUUAUAAAACCACGUUUAAAUGAUUGAAAGCUACAUACCUUAGUUACCUGUACCAACUAGUGAUUAUUUGCCCCAGUUGAUUUCAGGGAUAUGCCUUUAGGCUGCUCCUUCUGUUGUACUUAUUUUUAUUUUGUGCGUGCGUGUAUGGGUUGUGCUUGUUUAGAGGAUGGUGGGGCCAAAAUUCUUUCAAAAGAGUUCUUAAGUCUUAAAAAUGAGCUUUGCAAUGUACAUUUCCAAAGCGGGGGGGCGGGGGUGAGAAAAAGAAAGAAAAGGACCAGCCUAAAGGGCCCAUGAUCAACUUUAACCACUGUUAACUAUUUAUUGCUGUGAAGUUUGUGCAUGAUAACAAAAUGCAUUGCAGUUACAGCAAAGUGCUAUACCCUUAGGGUUCUUCUACUACUGAUUUUGUCCAGGCUGGGGUAGGGAAGGGGUUGGGAUGAAUGAGAUCAGCAGUAAGCUGUGAUCUAAAUUUAGAAGAGACAGGAAGCAUCUGAUAAGGGGACCUUGUGUACUAGAGGAUUGCAUGUUUUACAGACAGAGACAUUAACGAAAUGCAAACGCAGUCUCGUUUACAGCAAUUUCCUGUUUUUGUGGCAAGAACUUCUCUGAUCAGUAGCCUCGUACUGGCAAAACAAAUGGUGCUUUUCCAUUAGAUAUUACAGUUCCUAAGGAACAGUACCCCACAUUCUCAAGUUUUUAUAAAGGAGCUACCUAAUUAAAGCCCACAAUGUCACAGUAAAUGCUUUGCAUAACUGGAAGAGAGAAAGGAGAUAAAAGUUGAUGACUUUAUCUAUUUAAUUUGUAAUUUUUAGUCUUGAUAACGUGCUUCCCAUAGAGGUGGCAGGUGGUGAAUUUGAUCCCCCACCCCAUGCUGAAGUGCUGUGCCCUGACUUGUCAAACUAGGACUUGGCGGAAUCUGGAGUAAAAGCCUCCUCUUCUUUUUGUGGCUUUAGAGCCACUUUCUGCUGUGUCACUCAAGACUGAGCACAUCUUUUUUUGGGAGCGUGGGGCUUCUGAAUGUUGUUCCUGCUAAAGAGGAACAACAGCUUCCCUUCAACGUGGGCAGGGUGAAGUGUAAAGUACUUAGGCUAGCCUUGCUUCCUCAGAUAACCAUGUACCAUGGGGAUAAUUUGUACUGAUACAACUGUGUUAGGACCAAUCUGUGCCACGUUGGUGGCUAGACGAGGUUAAAGAAUGUACGGUAACACGGGCAGGCUAGAGCUCGUGGUGCACCGCCAAACAGAAUCGGUAGCUGAGAGAUUAGGGUAGCCACCUGUGAGGCUCCUCUUCUGCACAGUUAGCAUAGUGUCUGGACCGCCUAACUCCACCUGAUUUACAAAUAGCAUUUUCAUAGCAAGUGUCAUCUUCACUCUCCCUACAUUUAUUAAAUAACGUUUUUAGGCCUGGCCCUUAAGGCUGUUUCCUACUGCUACAAGGCGAACAGCAUAUUCCCAGGUGAAAACCAAGUUUUCGCUUAGCUUAUCAAUGUGUAAACCACUUCCCACUGGCAACCUAGAGCCCAUGUAAAAGAGAAUUGGGUCUUGUUUUUUUCCCUGCUUAACUUCAGCUUUGGUUAGGCAGUCACAAACUCUUGAGUCACAGCCUCCUAGACAUCCAAUGAGCAGUUUAUAGGAAAGGAACAAGUGGUUAAGUUUGUUUCCAGUAAAAUUUUUUUUUGUUAAACGUCUGCCUUUCCAUAAGAGAACCUUAAACACAGCUUAGAAAGUUCCAACAGCUUCUUGGGGAGGAGUGCUGCCCAGGCAGUCUCCCUUAAGGCAUGGUGGGCUCGGGCAGGACGCAGCUAGGGGAGACCCCACUUCUGCUAAUGCCCUGGAAGCUUCGCUGUUGACUUGAGGAAGGGCAGAAUUAAAGCUAAUCUUCAGCACUUUAAGAAAAGUUAAUCCCACUCCAAGUUAAGGUUGCUGGAAGGGUGCUGUUGGCAGAGGGUUGAUGGAAGAUGAGCCGUUUUCCCUUGGUAUGAAAUCCCCUGGCGGCCCUUGUGAAAGCAGGAGCAAAAUGCUGUGCUGCUUUCUUGGGUGAGGAGCCAAGCUGGAGCUUGGGUGGGUUUCCUGAUGUUUUCAAGGGCUUUCGUGGGGGCUUUUAAGUCAGAACAGCCUCUAGUUUCUGCUUCAAGUUUGUUACUUACGUCACUAAUGACUUAAGCUGAUGUAUGCCAUGCUGUGCUCGUGAAUGAGACUGCCUUUGCUUCAAGGACACUCCCAGGCAGCAGCAAGUGACGAGAGAAUCCAAUUAAUUACUGAAUGUUUCUGGCAAUCUGUCCAGCUGUCUGGCAGCUCGGUGCGAGCACACUGCUCCUAAUCGCAGGUUCAGCAGCUCUUAUUUUAUUUGAGGUUUGUUAAAGACAACAUCCAGUCAAGUCACCUAUGGCAGCCUUAUGUACUUAACUGCAUGAACUGCCCCCUGCCUGAACCCAGGCCUCAGAGGAGAUUAGUGUGUUCUAAAUCAAAACUAAGAUUAACUAUAAAAUGACUUAAAUGUUCUAAUUAAUCCCCUUUUCCUGCAGAAACUGUUUCUGCAUAACUUGGAUUAUCUGUACUUCAGAAGAACUUUAUGUCUUUACAGGAUGUUAAAAAUACCUGCUUUGAAAACAGCGUUUUUAAGAAUCUUAUCAGUAGUGGAAUGAGUUUCUCUCUGGGGCAGGUAAAGGGGGCAGUUCUCUGUCACAGAAUGUGGAGGCAGCACUACUAGUACUAGUAAGUAUGCCUAGUAAGUACUAGUAAGAAUGUCUUAAACUAAAAACCCAUGCAUAACUGUCCAAAGAAUGUGAAGCCAUGUUGCGGUCCUACUGCCAUAAUGCUCAGAGCUGGGAAGUUACUCUGCUCUACGAAAUAGCACCUUUGAGGAGCCGUUGUGUAACGCAGCCGAGUGAAUCACAGCCGCAGCUCCCACGUGGUGCUUCCGCUGUCCCCCAAACAGCUUCACCAUCCACAGCUGGUCUUUAAAGUUGGUAACGGCGAGCUGUACAGCCUCAGUCCUGGGCACUAAAAUGCUAUGCAACACCAAAUGGCUUCUUCUUCCCACACACACAGUUGUCUUUCCUUUACAGUAAGUGUCCCAGCUUUAUCUCAUCCAGACAUUACCCAGGAAACCUGGUGGCUGGAGUUUACCGAGGGCUUCAAAAACUGAAAAGUUUCAGUUUUCCUUUGAAAAAGUAGCUGAUGGGUCCUGCUUACAACCCAGGACUGGACCUGUUCCUUUUGUCUUUCGGGUGUGAAAUAUAAAUCAUGUUUUUAUGAUUUUUUUGUAAAUCUUUACUCUUUUUACACCUUGUUUUUGUAAGCUGAAGUUUCUUAUUAAAAAAAUGAAAUUCCA